AAGGCUUUGAUAGCAUUUAUUAUUUUUUUGGAAAUUUUGAUUUUGAAUUUUUUUUUGAUGAUUUUUGUUCACAUUUUUAAGAUUUUGCUUGAUUUAUUAAAAUAAAAUAUUGGAAUUUAGUUUCUUGUGUUUAUUUAAGUUUCUGGCAACAUUUUAGAGAAUCAGACAAGUUUCUUUCAGACUUUCGUCCCCGUUUCUUUUUGGAAAUUACGAUAAUUUUUGGAACUUUUGUGAAACAAUAGUGUUUCAUUUUACGUUUCUGGCUUUAUUGUGAAGCUUUAAGAGUUCUUACUUUUUUGUUGAGAUUUCUUGUUUUGGUUUUUUGAAAUUUCUAACAUUUUUGGAGCUUUGGUGAAACAAUAGUGUUUCAUUUUACGUUUUUGGUAUUUUUGAGAAACAAUCGAGUUUCUUUUGGAAAUUGUUUACAUUGAAGUUUUUGGACAAACUUUUUUUAAUUUUGAGACCUUUUAUUGGUUUUAAUAACAUUUGGCACUUUUCGAAUUUUAAGAUUUUUGGUUUAUUUGAAUUCAUCUGGCAAUUUUCAAGUUUUUUAUAUUAUUUAUAGUGCUUCAAAUCUAUAAGUUUGAGGAUAUUAGUAUUUGCUUCGGUCGUUUAAAAAUUUUCUGCAAGUUACAUUUUCGAAUUUUUAUUUCUUAUUUCGGCAGCUGAGAUGAAAUCGAACAAUUUAGUAAAAUUUGAAAAGCUGGCAGCUUUAUUUCUUGAAUUUAAAAAUGAUUAUAAUGAAAUGCCACAAGAAAGUCAAAAUUCGUUUAGCAUUGACCUUCAAAAAGAUGAAUUUAAAGAUUUGUGGGAAAAGGUUAAGGCAAGUUACGAGACUUUUGUUACUAGCAACAACGUUGAGGAUUCAGAUGAGGAUUGUGACCAGGCAAAACAGUUGUAUAAGGAAUGUAGAUUAGCCUACAUAACUAUUGCGGCUUCAAUGGGUGAACUGUCUCAAUCUUUUAUAAACAAGUCAGUUUUGAGUUCAACUCAUUGUGCGUCUGGGAACAGUGGAGACUCAGCUACUGUGGUGAAUCGCACUUCUAGCCAUCACAUGAAGUUGCCACCUUGCACGAUGGAAAUAUUUAAGGGCGAUUAUGGAUCUUGGCCCUCUUUUCGCGAUAUGUUCACAGCCGUUUAUAUCAACUGUGAUGAUUUGUCGGGAGUUGAGAAAUUGUUUUAUUUAAGACAAUUCACAUCUGACGAUGCUUUGGAAAUUGUUAAGGAUUCGCCUUUGACAAAUCAAGGAUUUCAAAAUGCCUGGAAUAAUCUAAGUGAGGCUUAUGAAAAUAAUAGGAUUUUGGUCAACAGCCAACUUAAGAUUUUAUUCAACCUUCCCCCCGUUAAAACUGAAUCAGCUUAGGAUAUAAUAAGGCUUCAAAGGGACAUCAAUAAUUGCAUUUCUGUAUUGAAAUUACAUGAGAUCGAUAUAUCUACAUGGGAUCCUAUUUUUGUAUACCUUUGCUCUAUUAAUUUGCCCGUAUUAAUUUUGUCGUUGUGGGAACAGAGCGUGAAAAAUAAGAAGGAUAUUCCCAAAUGGUGUGACUUAGACAAUUUUUUAACUUCUCGAUUUCAGUCUUUGGAAACUGUCUUUGACAUAAGCAAUGGUGGUCAAAUAAAGACAGAUUUGGAGAAUUCUUCUAGAAAAAGGUAUACAGCUGUUAGAGUUUACCAAACCCACGCAUCCGAAAAAUCUUGCCCGAUUUGUUCGAAAAAUCAUAUUUUAACUAAUUGUCGAAAGUUUCUGAAUAAGGAUCAGGCAGGAAGAUUUUUAUUUGUUAAAACCCGGAAACUUUGAAUUAAUUGCUUGAAUGAAGGCCAUAUGUUAAGUGAGUGUAAGAGUAAUUCUAGUUGUUUAAAGUGUUAUCUUAAACACCAUACUCUUCGUCACAAGGAAGUUAAUACAUCUGAACCAGAAAGUACCAAUAGAAGUGAUGAUAUUCCUUCUGUAUCAGGGAAUAAUACUACGGUACAAAGUUGUUUUGCUACAACUUCGAAAAAUAUAUUGUUGGGUACUGCUAUGGUAAAUAUCUCUCAAACUAGUUUCAUUUCGCAUAAACUACAAAAUAGUUUGAAUUUGACAACAAGAGCGACAAAUGUGUGCAUUUCGGCACUAAAUGAUUCAACACCUGGUCCAGCUUUGAGAGAAUGCGAUCUUACAUUGGGCUCUCCUAUCGAUAGAGGUUUUAAAUUGAAUAUGUCGGCAUUUGUACUUCCAAAAUUAACUGGUAAUUUACCAAAUGAAUAUAUUGAUGUUUCAAAUCUAAGCUUUUCCUUAGAUUUUCAAUUGGCAGAUCCAAGUUUUUCUACCAGUGGAUCUGUUGACAUUUUGAUUGGAGCUGAUUUUUACCCAAAAAUAAUGAGUGACGGUUCAAGGCAGAAGGUGAUAGGGGACAUGAUAGCUCAUGAGAGCCAUUUUGGAUGGAUAUUGUUUGGUCCCGUGCCUUCAAGUAGAAACAAAUCGACUAUUCGAACAUUUUUCUCGAAAUUAGGUUCGAAUAAACACAUAAAAAAUAGAUUGGAACAUUUUGAAUCGCCAGACGCUCAAAGAAUAUCACAAGUGAAAAACAGCACAAAUAAAAAUCGUACUGAAUGGAGAAAAGAUUUUAUAAGGAACAUACAACAGUGCAAUAGAUUUGUACACCAUAAUUUGAAAGUCGAUGAUAUGGUUUUGUAUCGAGACGAUAAUUUUUCGAUAAAUAAAUGGCAUUUAGGUCAUGUGGUUAAAGUCUACAUGGGUGAAAAUGAUAACAAGCGACUUGCUGAGCUGAAAACCGAUCGUGGACUAACAACAAUUCCAGCGGAGAAGCUCCUAGUUCUUCCCACACAUUAAUUUUCGUUAUGCUUUGAAAGUGACUGGUCUCCGUUUAUCGCUAUUGCGCGGGCAGUUUGGCUCAUGACCAUACCUGGCGUACCUGUUAAAGUACACACCAUAUCGAAAACCACUACCAGGAGUCCUCGAUGGACCAAUGGUCAUGAGAGUGAGAGACCUAGUACGUCUCAAGCCCUUGUUUUAACUAAAAACAAGGACCGUAACGCCCGCCGCUGAUGGAGCCGAAGAACAAAAAUGCAGGGACCGUGAUGAUCAUUUAGCAUAGAAGUUCCCAUUAUGGAUAUCAACUCGUAGACGACAAGGAAAAACUAUUUUUUUUUUUAAAUUGAUGGUAACCACGGUUCCAACUCAACUUUUACCCAUAUUUUGUUGAAGGACCUAGAUCGUCCGCCAACCUAAAGAGCAAGGGACUUCGUUCGUCUAGUUAUUUAGAAACCUCGUUCGUCUCAAUCUAUAGUACCUAAUGGUUCAAGGGACUGUCACCAAUUCUAUAGAUCAUGAUACAUUAACUACAUAAUUUUAUAUUUUUUUUUUUUUUAAUUAUUUGCAGUACGUUACAAUGUUGGAUUGAAUUGAGUACCGCCUUUGGGUGAUUAAACAACGUACCCGAAAAUUAAUUGUUGGAGCUUUUUGAAUUUUUUUUUUCUUUUUUUUGAUACAGUUCUGAGUUGCAGUACUGCAAGGCCGCCGGGAUGUUCAAGUCUGAAUGAAUGGUGUCGGUACUCCCAUCCUUGGCUUUCCCUUUUAGGACCGUUUUAUCCUACAUCUGAUGACAGACGACAACUGGAAGCGCUAAUGUCAUCAGAAAUUAUCUUUUUACUUAUUUUUAUAUUUUUGUAUAUAAUAUAAAUUUUUUGUUGUUGAAAUUUGGCGAAUCGUUGCCAUAGCUAUUUUUUCUAUCGUAUUGUAAAGUCGAGCUUUUGAUUGGAUUGUUAACACUAGUGGUUUUUAAACUUAAAUUUUGGAAAUACAGUGGUGGCCAGGAAUUUAAGACAAAAAUUGUUUGCUAAAUUCCACGUGAUUGUCAAUUAUUUUUUCAAAUAUUUCCACAAAUAUGUAUGCAUGAGGACUGUUUUAACACACACGUGUGUUUUAUUCGACUGUGUCAAUUCAUACAUAUUCACCACGAACACAUAAAAUUUUUCUACAACUUGAUCAAAAAAAAUUUUUUUUUAAAUAAAGAUAUUUUCUCACAUUUAUAUCAUUAUAAUUUUAUUAUUAUAAAAUAUUCGGACCAAAUUUCGUAUUUUUAGUUCCAUUAGUUUCGGUCAUAUCAUGUUAUUAACAGCGGAUGUUCGCUGAGGUGGGUCAACGUAUUUCCACAUAUCUUUGUCCAUAUAUGUUUUACCGAUUUUUCCAAACAUUUUUCAGAAACUAGAAACAUUAAUAAUAAAUUUCAUACCCUUAGAGGUCCUUUUAUUUUGGCUCUAUCGCACUUAAAAUUCAGUUGAUGAAAAAAAUUCAAGUAUUUGUCUUAAAUUGGUGGCCACCACUGUAUAAAUUGUAAUUGGAUUUAAUUUGUAAAUACCUAAACAUUGAAAAAAUAAUCGAAAUAAAAGGGAAGUGAUAUUUGAUCACAUUAUUUGAACAACAAAUAAAACAAA